UUGAAGAAAAUGAUGGUUCACAAUUUGACAUCUUUCUCACUUUUUCUCCGCUAUUUCUUUCCCCUUUUGUAUUUUUAAUCUUUUUCCCGGACCAAAAUCUAGCGAUUGGGAGAAAUCAGAACAAAAAAAGGUGAUUUUUUUUGUAGAUCAAUAGACGAAAUUACUCAAUUUUCAGCCGUUAAAAUAUGUAUUAAUCCAAAAAAAUCUGUUAAUUAUGGGAAAAAGAAAGCGAACAGGAUCAUCAGCUGCUGAUUACCAUCCUUCUCCUUCAGAUUCCAUGCCAUGUUCAUCAGGAAGAGAUCUGACACCUGCGGAGCAGAACUCUUCCGAUCCUGACAACAGUGGUAUAUUCAAGCCUCGUCCUUCUGUUAAAGACAUCAUGGAUAGUCAUGGAAAGCAACCAGUAUCUCAACUUGCACUUGGUCAACAUCAUCAUCAAAAUCUGAGCCGCUCAAUGUUAUGGAAGCGCCCUCGUCAUCACUAUGGAAAUCAGUAUUCUCGGCGAAACUCAUCCAAUUACCUUAAACCCUCUACUUCUUACGGGAAGAGUAGCCCUUUUCACGAUGAGCGAUUAUGUUUUAAGCUGGGUAGUAAAUACAACUCUGAUUUGGGUCAUCAUCCAGAUUUUACAGAGUUUAGGGAAAGGGCCUUCUGGAGGCCAGAAAGAAUUAGGCGGAGCUCCUCGGUCAUUCGUGCAGUUUCACCCGAAGGAGCGAGAAAGGUUUGUGGGAUAUGCCAGAAAUCAUUAAGACGGAAGCCACAUCAUUUUGGAACCGCCCUUGCCUUGGAAGAGCUAUCAAUUGUUGCAGUUUUAAUUUGUGGGCAUAUUUUUCAUGCUGAUUGCUUAGAACAAAGAACACGCCUUGAGGAUAAACGAGACCCUCCUUGUUCAAUUUGCUCGGGAGGACACACCGAGGUUACUUGAAUUAGGGAUAAAUAUUCAGACUCAUUAACAUUAAAUUAAACAUCAUGUAUAGAGAUAGAUUCCUGUGCAAUUAGCUUGCAAGGUCUGGUUUUUAAUGAUGGUCGUUUUCUUCGUGGUUUAACUUUGUUAAUUAACCCCUUUAGGUUUGUUGUUGUAGAAUUACAAGGCAAAAGUUGCUAUGUUCAGGUGUUUUGGUAAGUUAUUUAUCCCCUUUAGUUUGUUGUUAGAAUUACAAGGCAAAAGUUGUUAUGUUCAGGUGUUUUGGUAGAAUAUGCUGUUUUUCCCCGUAUUUUUCGGGCAGAGGUAUUUCAAGGUUGCUUACAUA